AUGGACAGCUCCUCUGUGGCUCUGCCCCUGAAUGGCUCCGGGAGCCAGGAGAAGGCCGCUGGGGACCAUCUCUCCGGACGCUUCUCCACCAUGUGGACCGUCGUCCUGGCCGUCCUCAUGGCUUUGUUGAUCGUGGCUACGGUCGUUGGCAAUGCCUUGGUGAUGCUGGCUUUUGUGGUGGACUCCAGUCUGAGGACGCAAAACAAUUACUUCCUUCUGAACCUGGCCAUCUCCGAUUUCCUAGUAGGUGCCUUUUGCAUUCCACUUUAUGUGCCCUACGUGCUCACUGGCAGGUGGACUUUUGGAAGAAGCUUUUGCAAGCUCUGGCUGGUGGUUGAUUAUCUGCUGUGCACCACGUCGGUCUUCAACAUUGUGCUGAUUAGCUAUGACAGAUUCCUCUCGGUAACAAGAGCGGUGUCCUACAGAGCUCAGCAAGGGGACACCAAGCAAGCCGUGUUCAAGAUGGCGAUGGUGUGGGUCUUAGCCUUCCUGCUCUAUGGACCUGCAAUUAUUAGCUGGGAGUACAUAUCCGGCCGAAGCAUCAUACCCGACGGGGAAUGCUACGCUGAGUUUUUCUACAACUGGUAUUUCCUCAUCACAGCCUCCACGAUCGAGUUUUUCACCCCAUUCAUCAGCGUCGCCUUUUUCAACUUGAGCAUUUACCUGAACAUCCAGAGGCGCACCAAAGCCCGCUUGGAUGUGGUGCAUGAGGCUCAGAACCAGAACUUUGUGGAGGAGAUCGAAAUGAGCCCUGAAGCCAAGCUCUCCAUGAAAUGCUGCAAGUGGGAGCAGAGGGAUCUGGCAGAAACUCUGGGUGUCCCAAAAUGGGACGCCCAAGACGAAAGCAGCAAAGAGAGUACGAAUGUCAAGUAUUCGAGCACAGAGAGCUCUGGGUUUACUGGCAGCAAAGCAAAGCUUUUCAUCAAAAAGAACUACAAACACUCAGCAUCUACUCUUUCUCUAGAGAAACGGAUGAAGGUGGCUUCCCAGAACAUGAGCCAGCGUUUUAGGCUCACCAGAGACAAGAAAGUAGCCAAGUCUCUGGCCGUUAUAGUGGGGAUUUUUGGCCUCUGCUGGGCACCGUACACUCUUCUCAUGAUUAUCCGAGCUGCAUGUCACGGUCAUUGUGUCCCCGAGUACUGGUAUGAGACCUCCUUCUGGCUCCUGUGGGUCAAUUCUGCCAUCAACCCUGUCCUUUACCCCCUCUGCCACCACAGCUUCCGGAGAGCUUUUGUUAAACUCUUGUGCCCCAAGAAACUCAAGAUCCAGCCUCACAGUUCCCUCCAGAAAUGCUGGAAAUAA